UCGGCCGGGAGCCCAGGCUUGGCACUUGGAGCAACCAGCUGCUCCUGGAGCAAGACGGAAGUGGUUAGAAGAUCGGGGAGGGGGACUGGUAGACUUCUGGACUGAUGAAGGGACGGCGGUUAGAGAGGGGGUAGGCUCCCUGAUGGCGCCUGCAACGGGAAAAUCCGUAGUUAGAUUGGAAUCUGGAUGAGAUUUAGACAGCAAGAGGGGGAGUGGUUAGAAUACACAUCUACAGCAAAGAGAGUGCAUUGGAACCUCCUCCUAACUGCGGGCCCAGCCUCGGAUCCUUUCCAUUGGUCCAUGGGCUUGCCAAUUACUGCAGCUCGCUACCGUUCCCCAAUCAAACAUGCCCUCUCAUUCCCGUUACAGCCAAUUGUGAGACACCUCCCUUUGGCCAUUGUCCAAUUACUUUUAUUUUCCUCUCUAUCAUUGGUCGCCUUAGCGACCGCUCUCUUCCCGCGCCGGCAGUCCCAAAGAGGGGCGGGGUUAUAGGGUAUUGCUAAGCGACAAAGAUGCGCUCCGGGUGAGUCCCGUGACCGAGCAGAGCAGGCGGAAUCGGCGAGGUAGCUGCAGGAUGGACCGAAGGUGAUGGAUUACAGGAGGCCUGGGGAGGAUCAAGGGAUCACCUGGAGCUCUGCGAAACAGAUGUAUGUAGAUGCCCAGCUCCCCUUCCAGACAUUCUGAUUCUUUUGAUCUUGGGUGAGGAUCACGCCUCUGUAUUUUUAAAAGACUCUUCUUAGACUGGAUCCAGGGUUACGAAUCACCAACCAACAGUUCCCGGGUUCUCUUUUGAGAUUGCUCCAAGGAUUGGUGGGAAUCGCGCCUCCAGUGUUAUUAUCUUAAAUGUACGGUGGUGCUUCAUGGAAAUUAUAGUUCGUCUCUUCCAGGAUUCCGUGGGAACCGUAGUGUGGUUUGAAGCCACUACUGGCCAGCCUGAAGCCAGACCUGGCACCCCCAGGUGAGGACACCCCACAGAGAGUGCUGUGUGCCAGCCAGUAACAAGGGAGUGGCGACUAGAGGGAAGGAAGACGUGAUGAGAGAUGGGGACCCUGAGCCCAUCCAGAUCCCAGAGAUCCAAACUUCCAGAAGCUUCCAAGGCUCUGGCCACAGGCCCCAGCUCCCCUGAGCUGUUUGAGGAAUCCUGGCCAUCCAGCUCAGGGACCCCUUCCCCACCCAGCAGCACUGAGGGCCAGAUGAGAGCCUCUCCACCACCCACCGUGACUGACAGUGGGGACUCCGUGGUGGCCAAGUACAUAAACCGGUUCCGACAGGCUCGGCCCACAAGCCGAGAAGAACGCCAGUCUGCAGGCCCAACUCCAGCUGACUUUUGGUGGCUGCAGCCUGAAUCUUCAGACCCUGGCAGUCAACUUGCAGCAGCAGGAGCCCGUGAACCAGGAGGAAGACCCAACACAGCAGUCCUGACUCAUGCUAAGAUGGCCAGUGCAUCGAAGGCUAAGGCUAUGGCACCCCUUCAGGAAAUAAAGCAGAGUCUCAACACAUGGAACUCAUCCCUGCUGGACUUGGAGACACUGAGCUUGCAAAGCAGAGCUGCCAGGCUGCUCAAACGCAGCACGACCUCCGUCUCCUCCACCUCCUCGCUCAGCCCCAGCGAUGGCGGCAGCUCCUCAUUCCCCGUCAGCUCUGAUGGCCUCUCUCCCUUCUCCAUGACCUUCACUCCUGACUCCAUCAAGGACCCUGACCUCAAGGCACACGCAAUCCCAGCACCUGCCUCCAUCCCUACUCUUGCCCCGGCCUCCUCCCAGGCACCCCUGCGGCCAGAGGAUGACAUUCUGUACCAGUGGCGGCAGCGGCGGAAACUUGAACAAGCUCGAAGAAGCCAGGGUGACGGAACCUGGGUGCUGCCGCAGACCCCUGCCCUCACCACCUCGGUCCCUUCCCCCAUCUGUCCACAGCCAUCUCCUCCCGCUGCGGAGACCCUUGGUUCCCUGGGAACCCAGUCUAACUCCAUCCCACUUUGGGGCAGUGUGGUUCCGCCUGGUCUCCAGGAAGCUUUCCGCAUGGAGAGGCCUCCUAUUCCCCUAGGGUUCUCUCCACACAUCUUUUGGGGUCCCAGUCCCCAUGGAUUCUUCUGGGCCCCACAGCCCAGUCCCUGGAUAUCUCUUGGGGUCAUCCCUCCAACACUCCCGGCCUCCACCCCAGCGCCCCCGGCCUCCACUCCUGCCCCUCCAGCCUCAGCCCCUGCGCCCCGUGCCUCCACACCCACGACCCCUGCAACCCCCCAGGGGCCCCCCAUCCCUGCACCAAGCAGCCCAGAGGAGCUCGAGAAGCAGACCUCCAAGCCUCGGAGAAGGAGAGCCCAACGCCGGGAGUCUUCAGGGCGAGUCAUGGCCGCGGAUGAGCACGAGGGCCCUGGCCCUCAGCUCAGAGGCGCGCUGGGCCAGGUGGUGACGGCUCGGCUGUUUCCCGACAGCCUGGAGGACACGCCCCCCCGGCUUGAGGGCCCGCCUCCACCCGAGGCUGAACCUCGGAAAGCCAAGGCCACACAUGCUCUGACCCCUCGCUCAGAGGUCACGGCUCCUGUAUCUGAAUCACCGGGUCGGUCUAAGGCGGGGUCUCGGAAUGCCAAGACCCUGCUCCCCCUAGCGGGAUCGGUGCUUAGGAAGGACAAAGACACUCCCUUGGCUGAAGUCAAGUGUCUGCAGCCCAAGAUCCUGCCUCCUCCAGCUGAGGUGGUGGCCACUUGUGUUAAGGCCCCGCCCCCUCCAUUCGAGGCGGGGUCUCUUGAGGUGGUUGCCACGCCCUCACCCUCUGCUGGCCACGCCCCCUCAGAAGACCUGCUCUCCCAAGCUGCCAGACUUCUGCAGGCUGCGGAAGACUCCGAUGGCAGCGAGUUCCAGGACGACCCUAUACUGCAGGUGCUAAGGAUUCAAAGGACGGCGCUGCGCCGGCAGAAAAGGAAAGUAGAUGCUCAAAUAGCCUGCCUGCUGGGCCACCCUGAAGACCCAGAGUCUUGGUCUCCAGCCAGGUCGCCCCCCCGGAUCCCCAAGGCUGCAGCUGAGGAGGGAAGGAGCCUCUCUUGAGGCCAGAUGACUUUGAAUUGUACAGACUCUAUUUUUCUUAAUAAAAAAAUUU